AGCCACAACCGUCAUGAAGUUCGCUCCUGUGGUCACGUGAUGGUAAACAUGGCCGCGCGCAGUUGAAAGUCAUGCGAUAGCUCUUGAAUAUCGUUACUUAUUUACAUCUCGUUGAAUUAAAAUUUAUUUGCAGUUAUAUAGACGUUUAUCUUGAUAUAUACUGCCAACGAUAUUGUUAUGGACCCUGCCGGACAACUACGAAAUUUGCGGGACUUUCUGCUCGUUUACAAUCGCAUGACGGAUAUCUGCUUCCAGCGAUGCACAAGCAAUUUCAACUACAGAAAUCUGACAAUGGAUGAGGAGCGAUGUGUGGACAGUUGUGCUGGCAAGUUAAUAAGGACCAAUCACCGUUUAAUGGGCACCUAUGUGCAGCUGAUGCCCGCGAUGGUGCAGAAAAGGAUGCAGGAGAUGGAGAGCAAGGCUGCAGAAAUGGCUAAAGCUGAAGCUGCAGCACAAGAGAGUUCAUCAGCAUUAGAAAAUCCAUCUACUGCCAUUCCAGCCACAACAAUACUUGAGAGCACACAGAUACCUUCAACUCCUAAUAAUCCAUCAGAUAACAAAAGCUCAUUAGUGACCGAUGUCUCAGCUUUUGGACAAACACAGUCAUUGUUAGAUGUGCACACAGUCCCAAACAACACACAAACCUUAACAAAUGAGUCUUUAGAAGGACUAGUAGUGCCAUCGCCAGUGAUCUCAACAUCUUCUAGUGUACUUAAAGUAGAUGGAGAUCCCGUCUUGAGUGCAGUAGAAAAACUCAAUCUGAAGCCCAGCAGUGUAACCACCACAUUAGUUCCUGAAGCACGGUCUGAAAGGGGAGCAGGACCGAGCCCCCAAAAUCCAUCUUGA